AUGCUGCAGACUUCCGAAUUCAUCUUGGAUGGAUAUGCAGUCUCCCUCCGCACAGGUUUCCUACCGGAGACACUUCCGCUCGUGAAGUUACCAGACCGUCUGUAUGAACCGUGGGAGGAUAUUGCUUCUGCCUUACCCACUCUCAUACAGAAUGGAAAUAUCAGGCAGUCUAUCGAGGCUCUUCCUGUUAUGUCGACUGCAAAUCUUCAGAGCGAGUCAGAAUGGCAAAGAGCGUAUCUGAUGCUUGCCUUCUUCACACACGCAUAUAUAUGGGGAGGUGAAAAGCCUAAGGAGAUCCUCCCGCCUGCUAUUUCAUCCCCGUUUCUUGAAAUUUCACGUCAUCUCGAGCUUCCUCCUUGCGCUACAUAUGCCGCCUUGGUCCUAUGGAAUUAUACCGCUCAGUCUUCGGAACCUGAUCUCACUAAUGCAGACAAGCUUUCUCUUCUCUGCUCUUUUACGGGGACCAAGGACGAAGAAUGGUUCUACAUGAUAUCUGCGGCUUUGGAGGCCAGAGGUGCAAAGCUCGUGCCAGUGAUGCUCAGCGCGAUAGAUGCUGUCAAGACCAAUGACUCUCAACGCUUGGCUAGUCUGUUACAAGAUUUUGCUCAAGGCAUUCAUGACCUCUGUCUGAUUCUGGAACGCAUGUCUGAGAAGUGCGCUCCACCGGUCUUUUUUCACCAGCUUCGACCUUUCCUGGCCGGCAGCAAGAACAUGGCUGCUGCUGGAUUACCUCGGGGCGUUUUCUAUGACCGCGGAGAUGGGCAAGGCGAGUGGCAUCAGUACAGCGGUGGCAGCAAUGCACAGAGCUCUUUAAUUCAGGCUCUAGAUCUCUUCUUGGGGAUAGACCAUUCCGCCACCGGGGAACUGCAGGCCAACAAAACCUCUCAACCAUCUGUUAAGCACCCAUAUCUCCAGGAAAUGCGCAACUACAUGCCAGGGCCGCACAGGCGUUUCUUGGAGCUGAUGGCCCGAAUCUCGAAUGUUCGGGCAUACUCCCUAAGCCACAAAGCCGGCUCAGCUGUGAGAGAUGCGUACAAUGAGGCUGCUUUGAUGUUGGGUGUCUUCCGAGACAAACACAUACAGAUCGUGUCGCGUUACAUCAUCAUGGCUGCGCGUACCAGACCACCAAUCGCCGAAUCGAGGCAGGUCAAUCUUGCCACAGCUACCUCCCAAAUGGAGGACCUGAGAGAAUCCAACGCGAGCGGGUUCUACGGCACUGGUGGGACUGUCUUGAUUCCUUUCCUGAAGCAGACACGAGAUGCAACAAAGGCAGCAGCCUGCUAUACAUAA